UUGCCGUUAUUCAAAUUUCAAACCAGGAGGAAGACAUUAGUACAAACGUGCUCUUCCAUGCCUCCCCAGAAUUACGUUCUAAGAGAAAGAUAGAUAUAAGGCAGUGGCCCAGUGGGGGACAAUCCAAUGCUACUUUUCAUUGCUCUGAUAUGAAGAUAAAAGCUAUGAUGCCCAGGAAAUAUAUGUUAGUGAAGCUGAUUUUGGGAUUUGUGUAUACAAAUGUAAUUCUUGAUUCCGGAGAGAGCUCUUACCCCGGCGUCGACAGUGGAUAUCAUGAUCAAAUGCGGCGUAUGGCUUUGGUCAAGACUACACAUAUCGUCCACAAUAGCGUCUCUCAACCACAAAGCUAUUCAUCAAUACCACUGGUAUUAUCAAAAUCUCGGGUUAUUCACGUGACAGAUUAUGGUGCUGACCCGACAGGGAGAUUGGACAGCACAGAAGCACUUCAGCAAGCUAUUUCUGACGCUUUCGGAUCCCCAGUUGAUACCCACUUGAUGGAAGGUGUUGCUGAUCUUGGAGGAACAGAGGUUCAUCUGGAUGGUGGGACAUACAAGAUCAGCCGUCCAUUACGUUUACCUGAUACUAGCGGUGGUAACUUCAUGAUUCAUGGAGGAUCACUUCGUGCAUCAGAUGAUUUUCCAACUGAUCGCCAUCUCAUCGAGCUGUGGCCAUCCACGGCUUCUUUGUUGUACGAAGACGUUACACUCAAGGACCUUAUGAUAAACUCUAAUUUUAGAGGUGGAGGUAUUUCCAUUAUCAAUUCACUAAGAACAACUAUAGACAAUUGCUACGUUUCACAUUUCACUACAAACGGUAUACUUAUAAAAGAAGGGCACGAAACCUACGUUAGAAAUUGUUUCAUCGGCCAACACAUCAAUGUUGGCGGUGACAGCCGCGAAAAGAACUUCUCCGGCAUCGGAAUUAACAUCAUGGGCAACGAUAAUGCGGUCACUGACGUGGUCAUUUUCUCGGCAUCAAUAGGAAUAAUGGUAUCGGGGCAAGCCAACGUGCUCACCGGGAUACAUUGCUACAACAAGGCGACGAGAUGGGGUGGGAGUGGAAUUUACAUCAAGGCACCCGGAUUGACCCAAACCCGAAUCGUGAAUAGUUAUUUUGAUUUCACGGGUGUUGUAGCUGAGGACCCGGUCCAACUCCAAAUAACCGGUUCGUUCUUCCUUGGAAACGCCUUCGUUUUGAUGAAGUCAUUGGCAGGCGUUGUAUGCGGCGUGAAUAUUGCUGACAAUAUGUUCUCGGGUGAUUAUACUGGGGUGGAAAUAGUUCAAUUAGACCAAUCCAAUGGACCAUUCACUAACAUUGACCAAGUGAUUGUUGAUCGAAAUAAUGUGCGGGGCAUGAUUAUGAAAUCAACGGUAGCUAGGGGGACAGUGUGGAGUAACAAGACCACGUGGACUGUAGAUUUCUCAAAAGUCCUAUUGUUUCCGAACCUAAUAAGAAACGUGCAUUACACGUUGCAUGCGGGUGCUACGUUUCCUAAACAUAUUUUACGGAAUGUGUCCGGGAACCGUGUCACAGUAGAGGCGGACAUGGCCGUAUCAGCGACAUUGCACGUGUCGGUGGAUCAAAGCAUGGUUGGUUACAUAUGAUACGGGACACGUAGGCCUUUUUUUGUUUUUUAUUUUUAGUUUUUUUUUACUCUUGUGAUAUGUGUGUAUCAUGAUAUAUGGACAUUAAAUUAAAACAUAUACAAGA